UCAAAAUUUAUGUUUAAAAGCAUGUUUAAAGUUCCAUAGGAGCUUUCGAGAUACCUUUCUCAGUGGGAUGGAUUACUCGAUUGUUCUCAUCUUCUUUGCCAUAACCACCGUUGGGUUAAGUCUGUUAGAAGACGAGUAUGCGAGCAGCAAAAAUGUGCUUGAGGAAGCAUCCUCAGGCUUGGAUUUGUUUGACAUUCCUAAGGGUGGCACAAAAAAGGACUGGACAGUUCAGCCAGUUAAAAUUAUCAUACGGGAUAAACCGGAGGUCGUGAAUGUCCCUCAUCCAUAUCCUGUUAAACAAUAUGCUCCUGUUCCGAAAAUUGUUCCUGUGCUGAAGAAAGUGCCAGUGCUGAAACCUCUUCCUGUGCCAUUUUUCGUUCCAAAGAUUAAACCUAUACCUAAGAAAGUGCUCGUACCAAAGCCGUUUAAAAUCGUGAAAAAGAUUCCAAUUCCUCAACCUUAUUUCUACAAGAAGGAAAUCCCAAUUCCCAAACCUUAUGGAGUACCAAAACCUUUUCCAGUUCCUGUUCCAAAGUUUUAUAAGAAGAAAGUUUUAAUUCCUGUUCCGAAGAAGGUUCUCAUUCCAAAAUUUAAGCCUAUUCCCGUACCGGUUCCAAAAUUUGUUAAACAACCGAUCCAUAUAGUAAUAAAGGAAGUUCCUAAAAAGGUUAUGGUACCUACAAUAGUUAAAGUUCCUAAAAUUGUGAAGAUGCCGAAAAUCGUACCUUAUAUAAAACAUGUGCCCGUUAAAAAAUUUUAUCCUGUUCCUUAUGUUAUUACAAAAGUGAAACCAAUACCUAAAAUUGUACCUGUACCUAAGUUUGUAAAAGUGCCUAAAAUUGUAAAAGUACCGAAACCGUACAUGAAACCAAAGCCAGUAAAAGUUUUCAAGCCAUACAUUGUGAAGAAGCCAGUACCAAUCCCUAUACCAAAACCUUAUUUUAAGAAAAUUGCCGUGCCUGUGCCGAAACCUUUCCCGGUACCAAUAUUUAAACCCAAACCUGUACCAGUACCAAAAUUUGUAAAACAACCUAUUCAUAUAAUUGUAAAGGAAAAACCGCACAAAGUGUCGGUGCCAUAUUCAGUACCAGUACCUAAAAUUGUUAAAAUUCCUAAGCCUAUAGCAGUUCUAAAGCCGUUUCCAGUUCUAAAGAAAUUUCCUGUGCCUGUAGUAGUGAAGAAAGUAAAAAUAAUUCCUAAAAUAGUUCCUUAUCCGAAAGUAAUAAAAGUUCCUAAGAAGAUACCAUUUCCAAAGCCGUACCUCGUACCUAAGUACAUAAAGGUCCCAAAGCCAACAAUAGUGAAGAAGCCUGUGCCAGUACCUGUUCCAAAAUUUGUGCCUUAUAAAGUGUUGGUUCCUGUAAAAAAACCAUUUUUUGUUCCAGUGCCUAAGCCUUUUCCAGUUCCAAUUCCAAAGCCAAUUAAGGUGCCAAUAGAAAUUAUCCGAGAAAAAGGUCUGGUAUCUAAAAAUCCAUUACCGGCAACAUUGAAAGGAAAGAAAGUGGUUUACGAUGAACAGCAGGAUAAGAUCAAGCAAGGUGAAGAUAAAGAAAAGCACGUCGACGAGGCAGUGGACAAAGACUUUGAAAUGGAUGAAGAAAGGUUGAAAGCCUUCCUGAUGGAGUAACUGAAAAACAGCUAAAUAUAGUUCAGGAUAUAAGAUCUUUUUAUUCUUAAGCUAUAUUCCAAGAACAUUUUAUUUGUAAUGUUUCCUCGAAAAAUCCAGUUUUGGUUAAUUUCAUGACAGAUGUUUCAGUGUUGAACGAACCUUGCACUUAAUGAUGUAAAUGAGUAUUAAAGAAUAGAAUUCCAUUUCAAAUUUGUUCGGCAGUGUUGCAGAAAUGCCAUUUUUAGCAUAGACAUAUGAAGAAAAAAAAAUAUUUGUAAAUUUGUAAAACGGGAAGUUAAGGCCUUAUAAUGCAUCUGAAUGCAAUUGUUUGUAGACUAAAUUGCAUUUAACAAAUCUUUAUAGAGACGAGAAAAAUUUUAAUUUGCAGUCCAUGGAUAAUCGAUCACUUAUCGCAAAGUUUCUGAAAUUUCGGAUUGUAAUGCUUGCAAAUACAAAAAUUGUUGAACUUUCCUUAGGUUUUGUAAUAUGUCGUAGUAAAAUAAAUUUUGAAAUAAAGUU